AUUAACGAACAAUUUUCAAAAAUUGCGUGUGCUGUCAUUUGGGUAAUUGUGAAUUGUGACUAGCUUCAGCUUGCUCUAAAAUCCCCUUGAGAAAAAAGAUUGUGAAAUUUCGCUUGAAAAACCUGCAUUUCGGGAAUAAAAGGCCCAUCUGGCACGGUGAUUUUCUCUGAGCGUCUGGAGUGAGUAGCACGCGAAGAAAGAAAAGCCUUCCAUUUGCCCUUUUGCGCGCCCCAAAUUGUCUCUGUGAACUGUGGUAUUGGUCUAUUUGAUGUGCAGCAUGCUGGACAAGUUCAACCAGCUGAUCCUGUACGACUGAAAACUAGUGAAAACGCGUCUUAAUAGCACAAAAGGGCGUCCACUGUGUGUCUCUAUUGGGUGAAGGUUGAGAGUGUUCUGUGUUUUCUGGGUAGAGCAUCCCGUGGUCCGGGAAUGUCUUCAAGUGGUCGGGUGAGAUUGGCUGGGGCCUCGGGGCCAGGUACUUCUAGUAAAUCCGUGGUUUGUGCGUACUAUGCGAAGGGAAUGUGUCGAUUUGGGGAAUGCUGUCGUUUUGCCCACAUUGAUACACCUCCGGAAGCUGUGGAGGCUCCAGAAAAGACUCCACCUGUAGCCGGAACAUCCGCACAGACGGCUAUCAAUCCUGGUGAUCCACAGAGUUGGGUGCUAGCUCCGGUUUUUGUGCCCAAACAGCGCAUUUCCGAUACAGAUGACCAGAAAUUGUCCUAUGCUGCUGUCUGCCGUGAUCCAGCAGCUGCUCCAGUUGCAGAUGGGGAGGAAUUUGCAGCUGCUGAAGCACCUGUGUUGGAAUUGUGUCCAUAUGUGAAGAUCAACGAGGAAUUUGGCACCUGUGCCUACGGAGAUGCCUGCGUUUAUGCCCAUGGAGAUCUCUGUGAUCUCUGUGGACAAUUUUGCCUCCAUCCAACCGACGAGGAACAACGCAAGAGUCACAAUAUUCAGUGCAUUAGGCAGCACGAGAAGGACAUGGAGCUAUCAUUUGCCAUUGCCCGCUCAAAGGACAAACUCUGUGGCAUUUGCUUUGAAGUGAUCAUGGAAAAGUCCGGACGUGAUCAGCGAUUUGGCAUCCUGCCCAAUUGCAAUCACAUCUUCUGCCUGGAGUGCAUCAGAAAGUGGCGACAGGCUAAGCAGUUUGACAACAAAAUCAUCCGGGCUUGUCCUGAAUGUCGAGUGGCCUCAGAUUUCGUCUGCCCGAGCACUUAUUGGGUGGAUACGCAGGAGGAGAAGGCAAAGCUCAUUGAAGAAUACAAAGCGGCUCUCAAUGCGAAAGACUGUAAAUACUACAAAAAGGGAAGUGGUUCUUGUCCAUUUGGCAACAAAUGCUUCUACAAACACGCCGAUCGCGAUGGAAAGUUGGUGGAUUUGGGUGCUCCGCGUCGUCGCUACGUUCAAUCUGGUGCCCAUUCCAACGAAGUGGAAAUUCUGCAGCAAUUGAUAUUUUGGGACUUUAUCGAUGCAUACGAAAUAGAUUCAAAUUUGUCUGAUAGCGAUGAUUCCGAAUGGUCUGAUUAUUUCUACAAUAUUGAGUAAAAAGAUUGGAACCAGGAAUUCGUCGAAAUCAUUGAGUGAUUGUUGCUAAAAAAAAAAACAAACAGAACAAGAGAAGAUUUACAAAAAAAUAUCAAAUUCAUCAACUUUCCUCGAAAUAGUUCUCAGAAGAAAAAAAAACAUGAAAAAUACGAGAACAUUUACUAAGUAUCAGCAUUAUUGUAGAAAAAAAAAGCAAAAGAUCUUCAGUGAAGAAAAAAAUUAGGAGUCAGUUCUAAAGAUAAAACAACCACAAAGAAAUUUCAGUUGAAAUUGAUGGAAAAAAAAUUCACUGAGAUAAAAAUUGAGGGAUCAUUAGAGAGUUGCUGAAUUUGCAAGAGAAAUUAAUUAAAAGUAACAAAGAUUAAAAAAAA